GAUACGUGACUUGAAAGCGCCAGCACCGGCGAGCAUGCCUGCUUACCUGGCUGUCAGUCGGCUGCAAGUUGCGCGGCGCAAGGUGCGAGCAUGGGCCUGCCGGACAUAGAGACCAUACCCGAGACUGGGGCGGUGUUCACGAUCGGCCGUAGCAGAUUUGCGGACAACAUUGCGUCGCAUUUUUUCAUACGCAAGGAUCCGGUCAUCAUCAUCGAAUGUGGAGAUGAACACUCCGCUGUUGUUUGUCAAACUGGCAGACUCUUUGUUUUUGGCAGUAACGAUUGGGGUCAACUAGGUUUAGGCCAUAAAAAUCACAUCAGCAAACCAUCGUGUGUAAAAAUUCUAAAACCGGAAAAAGUCACACAUGUGGCAUGUGGGCGAGCGCAUACUUUAAUAUGUACAGGAGCUCAAAAAAUCUUUGCGUGCGGUAGCAAUCAAGAAGGGCAAUUAGGUCGAGAAAAUUCCGUGAUAGGUGACAGUUCCAGUUCUCCAAUCUUAGUCUACGAUUGCGGACUCGCUGGACCUAGGAUUGUCCAAGUCGCAGCGGGAUCGCAUCAUUCGAUGGCUCUGACAAGUGACGGAGGAGUUAUCGCGUGGGGAAGCAACUUGGAGGGACAAUUGGGAUUGUCGGGAAUUUCAGGUUUGGUUAACAAGCCUACCAAAGUUCCCAUUCCCGAACCGGUAAAGGAGAUCAGCGCGGGAUAUUAUCAUUCAGCCUUCUUAACAGAAAGCGGUCUGGUUUAUGUUUGCGGCGAGUCGGAAAGUGGCAAACUCGGGAUCAACGUCAACUUUUCUACGCAAGUUGCCCCGAAGCAGAUGCAAUUGCCGGAGCCGGCACUUCAUAUCGCAUGCGGUGGUCAUCACACACUCGUGUUAGCAGAAAAUGGCAGUAUUUACUGUUCUGGCAGUAACGCUAGUGGACAACUCGGUAUGGGCACAAACAAUAAUGAAAUACAAACGCCAAAACUUCUUCCACGCGGGGCUCUUCAAAAUGAAAAGAUUAUCAAAAUCGCGUGCGGUGAAAGUCAUAGUGCUAUACUUACCGAGUCCGGCAAACUCUUUACAUGUGGUGACGGCCGACACGGAAAACUUGGUCUGGAAGAAAAUGAAAAUAACGUGCACGAAGUAACAUUUGCUGCCAAAUAUCAGGAACUUUUUGUUUCAGAUGUUGCUUGCGGGGGAUGUCAUACGAUAUUAGUUGGUCGAAGACAUGAGAUGGAUUAUCAAUCACAACGGCCGUCUGAUUCCAUAGAGCAAAGAAAAAACUCUUUACCUCCUUUAAAGCUUCCUGUAAAUAUGCAAAAUGAACAUCGAAUGGACAAUACAGAGAAAUCAACAGAUGAGAAGGACAAUUUACAUCAUGAUAAAAAUAGUGAAACAUCCAAAAAUAAUGACAUUCGAAUAAAUUCUUCAGAAGAUUCGCCAAAGGAAAAUACAGAUAUUGUCAAUAACGAAGAAAUUUCUCCGAAAAAUGACGAGAAAAUUGCAAGUCCUAAACUAUUUCCAAAAACUGCUUCAUUAGAAAGCUUGAAAGAAAAAGACCAGGUUGACAAUAAUGAAAAUCAUGAUAAUGAAAAUAUUGAAAGCAAAGAAAGUAAUGAGAGUAAAAAUAUUAAUGAAAAUAACGAAAGUCAGGAAAAUGAUAAAAAUAUGAAAAUGGCAGCGACAAUGGCACAGGAUGUUAAAGAAUCAUGCACGGAAAUGGCUUCAAGAAUAGAAGAGGAAGUGGAACAGAAAACAAUGACGAAUCCUAUAUUACCACCAAAACCACCAAGACUAAAAUCUGCAAGUAUCGAAGAUACGGAUAAUGAAACAGAAACUUUGAAGGAGAGUGAAGAGAAUAAAAACGAAAAAAAUAAUGAAGAGACAGAGACGAGCAGCGAACAAACUUCAAGUGCACAGACGACUGAAAAGUCAAAAUCAGCGAUUUCGAGGGAAGUUAUGGAAGCUAUUGAAAAUUCGAUAGAAAAGAUCGAUGAGGGUGAACAUACUGAAGAACCAGAGAAAGCGGAGAUGGAUGGUACGCAGGACGAUGCUGAUGUGGUGCAAUCUCCGGCGCCGCGAACAGCUAAGAUGGCAAAGUUAUUCAAAGGAAAACGACAACAACAAGCGCAGAAUGGAACUAAAAAGACAAGCAGUACAAUAAAUCUGAAAUCUAAGUCAAAAACAUGCACAAUCUUGUGAUCGAGAAAACUUCGCAGAGGGAUUAUAAUUCAUUAUAUUUUUAUAAAAUACUUAUGAUAUAUUCGUCGCUGAGACCAAAGUAUAUGGAACCGGAAAUCUCCAAAAAAGAAUAUAUAUCCAAAUCAAGUCUUUGUUAAUGAUUGCAUUUACAUAGAAUGCAUCAACAUAAAUCUUCUACAUUCUUUUACAUAUUGCAUCGAUUUUUCUUUCUCAUUUGAUUUCGUCGGCAACGAAAAAGUUUAAUAAAAAUGCUUGUAUCAAUAUAUUAUUAUUAGGCUUUGUAAAUAUGAGUCACGCAGACAAAUUGAUUAACAUACAUUUCCGAAAGACGCAUAAAUUUACAUAUUAUAGCAUAAAGUAGACGAGAGCUGAAUGUGUGAUCAAUGUACAGUGAUAUCUCUGGAUAAACAUAUUUUAUUAAAGUCCAAUUACAAAA